AAAUUGUUUUCUUCCUACGAGCCUCAGCUUGAUUUUCAUUGCAAGACUCAACAAUCUGGAAUCUCUAUCCCCAGCCCUGCAAAACUUGACCUCACUAGAAGAACUAGAAGUUGUUGACUGUCCAAAGCUGAGACACUUGCCAAGGGAAGGCCUGCCUGCAACACUUGGAAGACUUUGUAUCAGAAACUGUGAACAUUUAAAACGAAAAUGCUUGAAGAAGAAAGGAGCUUACUCAACGAGGAUAGCCCACAUCCCCAAUGUGGAGAUAGAAUGAUUAAAUUCAAAAAGGGACAGCAGAUGUUCAAUAAACUCUUGCAAGAUGUUUUUGGGAUUUCUCAUUUUCUACAUACGGAUGGAGGGAAUAUCAGUGAUGCCCAAAUACAUUUGUUCAAGAUAGAGCUACAGCCUACAAGAUUGGAAGCAUAUAUACAGAGAAUGAUAAUCCAUAAUCAUUACCUCUAAUGGUCAUGUCAUGGGGACCUUCUUUCUCAUAACUCUAUGCUCACAUUAAUCAAAGUCAAUCUCAAAAAUAUUUGAAAUAAAGAAGUCUGCAGUUUGAUACAUCCUGAAUUGUGUUUUUGAUUAUGAGCCCUGUAAACUCUGUUUGUUUCAUUUCCAGGCAAAUAGUUUUGAAUAUCUUGUUGCUUUCUUUACAGAUUUUGAGAUCAAUCAUGGACUAUGUAUUGUUUCUUCCUGCCAAUCAACUAGUCAAUUACAC